AUGUGUGCCGUCAUGUCCUGCAACGCGGGACUUCUCAUUUCCGUCAAGGGUAAGCGAGAGGGGGAGCUGGAGAUUGCGCAUUUCCCCACGAAGCUGACCUGCUCCUUUUCUGUGUCACUCGCAGAGGCGAGACGAGACGAGGCGCUCUUCGUCCUGUAUCGCCUCCGCGUCAAGGAGUCGUCCAUCCUCUUUUCUAAGACAUACGGGCUGCUGGGCCAUGACAAGGCGGGUCGGGCGCAACCAUCCACGUGGGAUGAGAUCGCCCUGUAUGCGCAACCGGCAGUGAUGGAGAUGGGAAAGCUAUCCACUAUUCGCGUGGAGUACGUCACCAUCUCCGAGGCUGAGGCAAUGGGGCUUAUUGAGAGAGGGGAGGUGGAGAAGGAGUUCUGUCGACCCUUCUUCACGCGCGGGGACACGAAGCACUACGAGGUGAGGUGCAGCUUUCACGAUGCCUCGCCAGAGACAGCGGUCGAAAAUGGAAGCCAAACAUACAGUGGGGGCGAAUGUACCGGCGGUUCCCGUGUCACGAGCGCCGCUACUGCGGUGACAGUACUCACGGCGGUGUGCGUGGCUGUGGGAGUUAUAGCGGCAAGGCGACGUGGCGUCACCUGGGAGGGCGCUGCGCGAGCUGUGCAUAGCUGGACUGGGGUGUGA